AUGGCACAAGCACCAGGAGCUAUAGUCAAAUGGAAUGAGGCGACCAUCAUAAAUCCUUUAUCUUCUCCAUCUUUGGCGUUAACAGCGGAAAAGUUGCAGAUUUAUAGGAGUAGAUUACAAGAAGGCUGUCUGAAUGCGAGGGACGCAGAAAGUCUUCCCUCUGCAUGGAAGUUUAUGAUUAACAUAACCGCAGUAAAAUCAUUUAACGAAACCGUCUCUGGAACCAGUCAAUUCAAUAUUGUUAAUGCGACUCAAAGACAAUAUGCAUUUGAGGAUUUGUAUCCUGCCACUUUAUACAACGUCUCUAUAGAAGCAAGUACAUCGGCGGGAUAUGGAAGUCCUUUAAACGUGCAGUUUACAACAAAUCAUUCAGUACCGAUUAUAGAAGUGGAGCCAGCGGUAUUAGAAGUAACAGAUUCUACCAUUGGUUUAUUAAUAAAACCAAUUAAAUUCGACAAGGGACCUAUUAGUGAAUAUCACGUGAUUGUAGAACGAAAAGGCAGACUAAAGAAAAGAGAAAUUAAAAUAGAAGAAAAAGAAUUAAUUAACUAUAAUACUUCUGUGAAUACGAGUAUAAAUUACUAUUCGACUGCAAGAUUCUAUCCUCGUCAACUCCAUUCUGAAGGCAUAAACUUUACCGUUGGAGAUGGGAAAACGUAUAACGAUUUUUACAAUGCACCGUUAAUUACAGGAGAAAAUUAUCAAUUAGGAAUGGCUGUUUUAAGUAAUUAUAAUGGGAAAAUACUUAUUGGAUAUAAAUAUUUAUCCGAUGUUAUAAAAGUCGAACGUUUAAUGAGUAAAGGAACAGAUAAAAGUUCUUUAAUAGAUGACGAGGCUCGCGUAGUUUCACAAAUUUGCGGAAAUGGUUCCCAUUCAGACUACAUUAAUGCAAAUUAUGUUGAUAAAAUAUCCAGAUAUAUUGAUGACUAA